AUGCUCCCGCUUUCCAUCUCCCCGCCCCAUUCUCCCUCCUUCCGCCCCAUUCUCCCUCCUUCCAUCGACCCGCCCCAUUCUCCCGCUUUCCAUCACCCCGCCCCAUUCUCUUGCUUUCCAUCACCCCGCCCCAUUCUCCUGCUUUCCAUCACCCCGCCCCAUUCUCCCUCCUUCCGUCAACCCCUUUCCAUCACCCCGCCCCAUUCUCCCGCUUUCCAUCACCCCGCCCCAUUCUCCUUCCUUCCAUCACCCCGCCCCACUCUCCCACUUUCCAUCACCCCGCCCCAUUCUCCCGCUUUCCACCACCCCGCCCCAUUCUCCCGCUUUCCAUCACCCCGCCCCAUUCUCCCGCUUUCCAUCAUCCCGUCCCAUUCUCCCGCUUUCCAUCACCCCGCCCCAUUCUCCCUCCUUCCAUCACCCUGCCCCAUUCUCCCUCCUUCCAUCACCCCGCCCCAUUCUCCCACUUUCCAUCACCCCGCCCCAUUCUCCCGCUUUCCAUCACCCCGCUCCAUUCUCCCGCUUUCGAUCACCCCGCCCCAUUCUCCCGCUUUCCAUCACCCCGCCCCAUUCUCCCGCUUUCCAUCACGCCGCCCCAUUCUCCCGCUUUCCAUCACCCCGCCCCAUUCUCCCUCCUUCCAUCACCCCGCCCCAUUCACCCUCCUUACAUCACCCCACCCCAUCACCCCUCCCCAUUCUCCCGCUUUCCAUCGCCCCGCCCCAUUCUUCCUCCUUCCAUCACCCCGCCCCAUUCUCCCUCCUUCCAUCACCCAACCCCAUUCAAGCGCUUUCCAUCACCCCGCCCCAUUCUCCCGCUUUCCAUCACCCCGCCCCAUUCUCCCGCUUUCCAUCACCCCGCCCCAUUCUCCCGCCUUCCAUCACCCCGCCCCAUUCUCCCUCCUUCCAUCACCCCGCCCCAUUCUCCCUCCUUCCAUCACCCCGCCCCAUUCUCCCGCUUUCUAUCACCCGCCCCAUUCUCCCGCUUUCCAUCACCCCGCCCCAUUCUCCCGCUUUCCAUCACCCCGCCCCAUUCUCCCGCUUUCCAUCACCCCGCCCCAUUCUCCCGCUUUUCAUCACCCCGCCCCAUUCUCCCUCCUUCCAUCACCCCGCACCAUUCUCCCGCUUUCCAUCACCCCGCCCCAUUCUCCCGCUUUCCAUCACCCCGCCCCAUUCUCCCGCUUUCCAUCACCCCGCCCCAUUCUCCCUCCUUCCAUCACCCUGCCCCAUUCUCCCUCCUUCCAUCACCCCGCCCCAUUCUCCCGCUUUCUAUCACCCCGCCCCAUUCUCCCGCUUCCCAUCACCCCGCCCCAUUCACUUGCUUUCCAUCACCCCGCCCAAUUCUCCCGCUUUCCAUCACCCCGCCCCAUUCUCCCGCUUUCCAUCACCCCGCCCCAUUCUCCCGCUUUCCUUCACCCCGCCCCAUUCUCCCUCCUUCCAUCACCCCGCCACAUUCUCCCUCUUUCCUUCACCCCGCCCCAUUCUCCCACUUUCCAUCACCCCGCCCCAUUCUCCCUCCUUCCAUCACCCCGCCCCAUUCUCCCUCCUUCCAUCACCCCGCCCCAUUCUCCCUCCUUCCAUCACCCCGCCCCAUUCUCCCGCCUUCCAUCACCCCCCAUCACCCCGCCCCAUUCUCCCUCCUUCCAUCACCCUGCCCCAUUCUCCCUCCUUCCAUCACCCCGCCCCAUUCUCCCGCAUUCCAUCACCCCGACCCAUUCUCCCGCUUUCCUUUACCCCGCCCUAUUCUCCCGCUUUCCAUCACCCCGCCCCAUUCUCCAGCUUUCCAUCACCCCGCCCCAUUCUCCCGCUUUCCAUCACCCCGCCCCAUUCUCCCGCUUUUCAUCACCCCGCCCCAUUCUCCCUCCUUCCAUCACCCCGCCCCAUUCUCCCGCUUUCCAUCACCCCGCCCCAUUCUCCCUCCUUCCAUCACCCCGCCCCAUUCUCCCUCCUUCCAUCACCCCGCCCCAGUCUCUUUCUUUCCAUCACCCCGCCCCAUUUUCCCGCUUUCCAUCACCCGCCCCAUUCUCCCUCCUUCCAUCACCCCGCCCCAUUCUCCCCUUCCAUCACCCCGCCCCAUUCUCCCGCUUUCCAUCACCCCGCCCCAUUCUCCCGCUUUCCAUCACCCCGCCCCAUUCUCCCGCUUUCCAUCACCCCGCCCCAUUCUCUAGCUUUCCAUCACCCCGCCCCAUUCUCCCGCUUUCCAUCAUCCCGCCCUUUUCUCCCGCUUUCCAUCAUCCCGCAUUAUUCUCCCGCAUUCCAUCACCCUGCCCCAUUCUCCCGCUUUCCAUCACCCCGCCCCAUUCUCCCGCUUUCCAUCACCCCGCCCCAUUCUCCGGCUUUCCAUCACCCCGCCCCAUUCUCCCGCCUUCCAUCACCCCGCCCCAUUCUCCCUCCUUCCAUCACCCCGCCCCAUUCUCCCGCUUUCCAUCACCCCGCCCCAUUCUCCCUCCUUCCAUCACCGCGCCCCAUUCUCCCUCCUUCCAUAACCCCGCCCCAUUCUCCCGCUUUCCAUCACCCCGCCCCAUUCUCCCGCUUUCCAUCGCCCCAUUCUCCCGCUCUCCAUCACCCCGCCCCAUUCUCCUGCUUUCCAUCACCCCGCCCCAUUCUCCCCCUUUCCAUCACCCCGCCCCAUUCUCCCACUUUCCAUCACCUUGCCCCAUUCUCCCUCCUUCCAUCACCCCGCCCCAUUCUCCCGCUUUCCAUCACCCCGCCCCAUUCUCCCUCCUUCCAUCACCCCGCCCCAUUCUCUCUCCUUCCAUCACCCCGCCCCAUUCUCCCUCUUUCCAUCACCCCGCCCCAUGCUCCCGCUUUCCAUCUCCCCGCCCCAUUCUCCCUCCUUCCGCCCCAUUCUCCCUCCUUCCAUCGACCCGCCCCAUUCUCCCGCUUUCCAUCACCCCGCCCCAUUCUCCUGCUUCCCAUCACCCCGCCCCAUUCUCCUGCUUUCCAUCACCCCGCCCCAUUCUCCCUCCUUCCGUCAACCCGUCCCAUUCUCCCUCCUUCCAUCACCCCGCCCCAUUCUCCCGCUUUCCAUCACCCCGCCCCAUUCUCCCGCUUUCCAUCACCCCGCCCCAUUCUCUCGCUUUCCAUCACCCCGCCCCAUUCUCCCGCUUUCCAUCACCCCGCCCCAUUCUCCAGCUUUCCAUCACCCCGCCCCAUUCUCCCGCUUUCCAUCACCCCGCCCCAUUCUCCUUCCUUCCAUCACCCCGCCCCACUCUCCCACUUUCCAUCACCCCGCCCCAUUCUCCCGCUUUCCACCACCCCGCCCCAUUCUCCCGCUUUCCAUCACCCCGCCCCAUUCUCCCGCUUUCCAUCACCCCGUUCCAUUCUCCCGCUUUUCAUCACCCCGCCCCACUCUCCCACUUUCCAUCAACCCACCCCAUUCUCCCGCUUUCCAUCACCUCGCCCCAUCCUCCCGCUUUCCAUCACCCCGCCCCAUCCUCCCGCUUUCCAUCACCCCGCCCCAUUCUCCCGCUUUCCAUCACCCCGCCCCAUUCUCCCGCUUUCCAUCACCCCGCCCCAUUCUCCCGCUUUCCAUCACCUCGCCCCAUUCUCCCGCUUUCCGUCAUCCCGCCCCAUUCUCCCGCUUUCCAUCACCCCGCCCCAUUCUCCCGCUUUCCAUCACCCCGCCCCGUUCUCCUGCUUUCCAUCACCCCGCCCCAUUCUCCCUCUUUCCAUGACCCCGCCCCAUUCUCUCGCUUUCCAUCACCCCGCCCCAUUCUCCCGCUUUCCAUCACCCCGCCCUAUUCUCCCUCUUUCCAUCACCCCACCCCAUUCUCCCUCUUUCCAUCACCCCACCCCAUUCUCCCACUUUCCAUCACCCCGCCGUAUGCUUUUCUCUACGCCUAUAGGGAUCCGUGCGCUUCCUUAACAUUUGUCGACAGACGCGGCCGUCAUCGCAGGCGCCGAACUUUUUUGUGCGCGCGAACCAAGCCGGAAUUGCUCUGGUAG